ACCUCCUCAAUUUCACACCAACACAGUAGUACUCAUCUUCUCAAGUGAGUUUCAAGCUGACCCAUUUUAUUGCCGAGUCCAUUGCAUCAAUAUAUAUAAACACUUCACUCUCUCCCUUCUCUCUCUUUCUCUCUCUCUUGGAAUUUAUGGUUACUUAGAAGUGGUGGACUGAAUCUUCAUCUUUAUGGAUGAUUCAGAUCCAAGUGGUACAUCCUCCUUUCUUCACAACAAUCCAAUUGUUCUCAACUCUUUCACCAUGGAGGCUAAAGGGUCUUCUUCUUCUCCUUCUUCUUCACCCACACCAACCACCACCAACACCACCAUCCCCUUCCAAGUCAACCUCACCUCUCCUAUAACAACAACAUCAUCUCAUGAGAAUAACAUCAUCAGAACAGAGGUGGACUUCUUCAAAGACAACAACAGCAAUAAGGUUGUUGUCUCUGCUUCUGCCUCUGUCCCAGAAAACAACAACAACAAUGAUCAUCAUCAUUUGCCCACCCCUUCUUUGUUGGAAUUCAAAGUAAACACUGGUCUGAAUCUUCUCACUACCAACACUAGCAGUGAUCAAUCCAUGGUGGACGAUGGCAAUGGCAAUGGCAUAUCACCUAAUUCAGAUGACAAAAGAACUAAAAAUGAGUUGGCUGUUCUUCAAGCUGAGCUAGAGCGAAUGAAGGUGGAGAAUCACCGGUUAAAGAACACGCUUGAGGAGAUGAAUACCAAUUACAAUGCCCUGCAGAUGCAUUUGGUGAGCAUGAUGCAGGACCAGAAAACUGAGGAUGCUGAAAAACAGGAAGUGUUUGAUGGGAAGUUGGAAGAGAAGAAGCAAGGUGCAGCGAAUGGUGGUGGGGUUUUGGUUCCAAGGCAGUUUAUGGAUCUUGGGUUGGCUUCUAAUGUUGAGAAUGAUGAACCCUCUUCUUCAUCAUUGGGAAGAAGCCAGGAUCAAUCAGGAUCAGCAGGGAAUAACAUGGAAGUGGGUUCCAAGGAAUUGGCUACAAUUAAGAAUGGGAAUGCUAGUGAUGAAAGGGAGGAUAGUCCUUCAGGUCAAGGUUGUGGUGCUGAUAAAGUUCCAAGGUCCAGUCUUCCAAAAAAUAAUGUUGAUCAGGCUGAGGCUACCAUGAGGAAGGCUAGAGUUUCUGUUAGAGCUCGAUCAGAGGCACCCAUGAUCACUGAUGGGUGUCAAUGGAGAAAGUAUGGGCAGAAGAUGGCCAAAGGAAAUCCAUGUCCUCGAGCUUAUUAUCGAUGCACCAUGGCUGCUGGUUGCCCAGUUAGAAAACAGGUGCAAAGAUGUGCUGAAGACAAAACAGUCCUCAUCACAACCUAUGAAGGCAACCACAACCACCCUCUCCCUCCAGCAGCAAUGGCAAUGGCACAGACCACUUCCUCAGCUGCAAGAAUGCUUCUUUCAGGGUCAAUGUCAAGCACUGACAACCUUAUGAAUGCAAACUUCCUGACAAGGACACUCCUUCCAUGCUCUUCCAGCAUGGCAACAAUCUCAGCCUCAGCUCCAUUCCCAACAGUCACACUUGACCUCACUCAAUCACCAAAUCCUCUUAACCCUCUUCAGUUCCCAAGGCCUCCAAACCAGUUGCAAAUUCCCUUCCCAGGUGUGAAUCCUCAGAAUUUUGCAAACUCCCCUGCAUCAUUAAUGCCUCAGAUUUUUGGUCAAGCACUCUACAACCAGUCAAAGUUUUCUGGUCUUCAAUUGUCACAAGAUGCUGCAGCAGGAGCACCAAACCUUGCUGACACAGUUAGUGCUGCCAUUGCUACUGACCCAAAUUUCACUGCAGCUUUAGCAGCAGCUAUCACUUCCAUUAUUGGUGGUGCUCAACCAAACAACAACAGUGGUGCUACUACUAACAAUAAUGGCAACAUGAAUGCCAGCAACAGCAACAGCAACAUCACAAGUAGCAACAACAAUAGCAAUGGAAAGUAAUAAAAUCAUCAAUUUUCCUAUCUCUCAGGGAGUUAGUUUACAAACCCAUCAUUUUUUUUGGUGAGAUUAAUUUUAUUUUAUUUAUUUGUCCUUCUAUUGGGCUCAACAGUUAAGUUGAUUUCAUGGAUUUUUUAGGUUCAUUUGUUUUUUGUUUGGGAUUCAGGAAAGUUUUGAUAUUUGAGGUAGAUCUCUCAUUUCAGUUGGGGAUUUUAUGUUUUGUUGCUAUUCUUCAGAAGUAUACUGAAAAUUGUAUUCCAGAAUAACUGAGAUUUUAUAGACAAGAGAAUCAGAUCAGUUUCUCAA